AUGUCUUUGUUCAAUCCGUUGCCAAAUGACAGUCAUGACAUGUUUGCAUUUCCAUCGCAAUGUUUUAUGUUGAAAUUUAAUGGUGCGUGGCCGCUGAAGCAUGACAAUGAUUCGCGAAAUAUUGUCGAUCGUUUGUAUUUGUGUUGGGCAUACGCUCUCAUCAUUUUAAUUGCAUUAACGUGUUAUGCGCAAGCAUCGUUUUUAAUUGCUUCAUGGGGUGAUAUCCUAAUCGUCACGGAAUGUGGCUGUACUGUAUUCAUGGGCCUACAUAAUCUGUUGCGAUUAAUUCAUUUGAGCUUGAAUCGAAGCUCGCUUAAGAGAUUAAUUGCCACUUUUGUGAAGGACAUUUGGAUUUCAAAGUCAACACAUCCCACGAUUUCGGCAGAGUGCAAUGCCGAAAUGUCUAUUCUGCGUUAUAUUUCAUCGCUGCAAUUUGUUUUGAUAUGUAUGUACAUUUUGUUGCCGUUGUUUGAACUGUACGGUUUGGAGGAUGGUGCUGAAAAACCAUAUCCCUACCGAAUGCUGUUUCCGUACAAUGCAAAUCCACCGUUGGCCUAUUCAAUUACAUAUUUUCUAACGUCUUUGGCGGGUUUCGGUGUUGUUACCAAUCUCUUCUCGGAGGACUCUCUCUUUGGUUUCUUCACAACGCACACAUGUGGCCGAUUUCGUUUGCUACACGAACGCAUCGCAAUUCUUAUGCGAAGUGGCCAGGAACGCGCACUGGAAAAACAUCCACAUUUAAUGGCACAAAAUUGGUCGCAGAUUCGGAAUGCGGUCAUUCAACGGGAAUAUCGUGAGCAUUUGAUUCGGAUCAUUAAUGAUCAUCGAACAUUGAUAAGUUUUUUCGAGGAGUUGCACGACUUCUUCAGUCCCAUUCUGCUCAUAAACUAUAUAAUUAGUUCGUUGCUUAUUUGCAUGGUUGGACUGCAAAUCGUUGCGGUUGAGUUGACUAUUGCCGAUUUACUCAAACUUGUCGUGUACAUCGUAUCGGCAUUAUCGCAGCUCUUCAUACUGUGUUGGAAGGGAAACGACAUAAUAUUGCAUAGUGUACAGACGGCAGAUUCUCUAUAUUCGUGUGAUUGGCAAGGGAAAAGUAGCGAUGAGAACUCAGAUAGGUAUGGCAAACAGUAUGCAAAACCAACACGCUUCGAUUUCCCAUGCGGUGUGGAAGUCAUGAAAAGCAUCAAAUUUACCAUAAAACGCGCACAAAAGCCGCUGACUUUGAUGGCAAUGAAAUUUUCCGCACUGGCCUUACACACAUUCACCAGAAUUUUAAGUUCAUCGAUAAGCUACUUCACACUAUUGCAGACACUGGUCGAGCGCAGCACAUAAACUACGAUUAUCGAUUCGAAAUAACAACUCAACUUGGGAUCUCUUUCUUUCUGUCUGUCUCUCCACAU